AUGACAGACUUUCUCGUUCUAGAGAAGAACAGCGGCCUCGGAGGGACAUGGUAUGAGAACCGGUACCCUGGGUGCGCAUGCGGCAUCCGCAUCGCUUUAUACAGUCUCUCAUUUGAACAGCGCAGGAAUUGGACCCGGGAUUAUGCUACCCAGAAAGAAAUGCUGAAAUACCUUAAGGAUGUAUCCCAAAAGUGGAACGUGCCUCGAUAUAUCCGCCUCAACUCAACCGUGCUUGAAGCGCACUGGGAUGACCACAAAUUACAGAGGAGGUCCAGGUUUCCACCCAUGGCCUUCAGGGUUCAGUCCAGCAGACAUACCAGCUCACGGCCAACUUCCUUGUGCGCCUCGGCCGUCCAGAUAGUGCCUGAACUGGCCAAGACUGCGUCGCAGCUCACAAUCUACCAAAGGUCUCCCAAAUGGAUUGUCCCUCGCAAGGACCGAUCCAUCAGCCGAGCUGAAAAAAAUCUUUUGACCUGGUUUUCGCCCUUACGCUGGUUGAAGCGCGCGGUGCCGAUGUGGCUUCGCGAGUCCGUCCAUGCUUAUAUCACGAACCCGGACUACUCCCAAACACAGAUUGACUGGGUUCUUCGGUGGAUGAAGGCUCGUGUGCCAAAUAAGCCGGAGGGGUGGGAUGCACUGACCUCGAGAUAUCCGCUGGGAUGUACACGCAUUCUGGUCUAG